AUGAGUCACAAUAAUAAAAUUGGUGAAUAAUUAAAUUAAUAAUAAUACUAAAUAUAUGAUAACUAGUAAGUUCCAUAGUAUUAUCAUCAACCCCAUCCAAAUCAACCUCAACAAGUACCCUACCAAUAUCCUCCUCACCCUUACAAAUACAGCCAAAAUUAUCACUAACCUUUACCUCAGCAGUAAUAUUAUAAUUAAAGGGACUAUUACAACGCAUAUAAGUAUCGUCAGGAUCAUCAUCAUUUUUAUUAACACCAAAAUCCUCCUUACAAUUACCUUCCUCCAAAUCCUUUGCCUCCUCCACCUACUCACUAAUACCACAAUCCAACAAUACCACAAUAUACUUACUAUAGACGUGAUUAAUAAAUUGAGGAUUAUCCUUAAUAACCAUAAUUUUUACCAUAUUAAGGCGUAUUUAGAGCUCCAUAACAAAAGCCUUUAAAAUCUAAAGUUGAAGAUAUUAAAAUAAAAUAAGAAAAAGAUGCUGCUGUUCAGCCUAAAGUAGAAGCUGAUGAUAAAAAUUAGACAAACAAUAAUUUUCAAUCAACAUAAUAAAGUGAGAAAAACAUAUUAAAUUAAAAUAUAAACAUCAAAAACGAAUAAGAUGAGAAUAACUUAGCUUAAAAUAUGGAUAAAGAAAAUAAAUAAAUUGAAUCUUAAUAAAAUAUAAUAUCAUCUAAUGCUUUAGUAUAUGAAGAUAGUAAUCCUCAAUAAAAAUAAUAGUGUACAAUUUAUAUGAAUGAUUAAAAAGAUUAGAUUCAAAUAAAAGUCGAGUAAUAAUCAUAAAAGGAAUCAUUUUAAGUUCAGGUUUUUUAGGAAAAAAAAGAAUAUAUUGAUGAAAAUAGCUCAUAAAAAGAGGAUCUUGAUUGUGAAAAAGAUUCUAAUGAGUAUUUAGAAUAUGAAAUUGAUGACUAAAUUAAUAGUCAAGAUAAUAAGUCCCAAUUAGAUUAAAGUAAAGAAAGCGAUAAAUAAGCUGAUAAAGAAGAUAAAGAAAACGUAAAAUAAAAGAGAAAAAGAAAAGACUUUAAACCUUAUAAAAAUCAGAAGCUUAAAACUCUAAAUGAAGUUGAUUAAAGAAGGCAUUUGAUUUUAGCCUAAGAGACAAAAAAUGUUUCUAAAAAUAUAUGUCUUAGGCUAUCUAAAUUUGCCACAGCAGAAAAAGUAAAAUUCAAUUCGAUUUCUAAGCUCAGAGAGUAUCUUCUAAAACACAAAGAUAAAUGCGAUAUCUAAAAUAUGAUAGAUUAUCUUCAAUAUGAAUUUUUGAUCGAUAUAGCUCAUUAAACAAGAAAUAAAAUGAAAAUUAUCUAUGCUAAAUAUAGGUUAAAAUUCAUUAAUGGUCUCAAAGAUUUAGAUAAUUUUAAAUAACUAAAAUUCUGA